GGGGUAAGAAAUUCUACCACCAAGAGCAAUGGAGUCGGGUACAAUGGAGAAAACCAAAAUACAAAUGUUAUACGAAGCCUGCAGGGUUAUAUUUUCUCAGAAAGAGCUUCCAACUUUCAAAGAAAUUCUCUGGCUCAGAAAUCUCAUUGGCACAUUUGCAGCAAUAGAUUUUGGAAUCGAUGAACAUGGCUCGUGUGGAUCUCCAUCUUCUAGCCCUAACAGUGAUAAGGGAUUGAUUUGUGGGCAAGGCAUCUCCCAAAUCACUUACAUUCAUGUUUAUGAAUGCGAACAAUUUUCGAUCGGAGUGUUUUGUUUUCCGGCAGGAGGCAGGCUUCCCCUUCAUGAUCACCCUGAAAUGACUGUGUUUAGUAAACUCCUCUACGGUUCUUGUUAUGUUAAAGCUUACGAUUGGGUGAAGGUCGAAAGUUCUCCUGGAUUCCCUACAUUUGGAUUAGGAGGCAAGGUUUUGGAAGGCAUUAUGAGUGCUCCAUGUGAAACGUCUGUUCUAUUUCCAAGAAGUGGUGGAAAUAUUCACUCUUUUACUGCGUUAACUCCUUGUGCUAUCUUGGAUGUAUCGACUCCACCAUACUCUGAAGAGCUUGGAAGGCCUUCUACUUACUUCAUGGAAUUUCCUAUUCCUUCCUUACCAGGCUAUAUGAUCCUCGAGGAACAAGAACUACCGGAAGACCUAGUAGUUGAAGGAGCACCAUAUCUGGGUCCUCAUAUUGAUGUUGAUAAUGAUGACGACAACGACCGUUGUUGACCAAUGUGGAUAUUAGUUUCAUAGAAUCAUAGGGUAAUAUGAUUAUGCAUAAUUUAGUUGUAUCCUGGUUCGUCAAAGAAAAUUAGUAUUCCCCAAAUGUUAAGACCAAAUCCAUUUCAAUUCUCAAGUAGUGAGGAUAUGUAAAAAAUAAUAGAUUUAAAAAUA